CUUCUGGCUGCGUAGAAACUGUAAAAUAAGGCCCUUGUUAAUAUUGAGUCGAGGUACUGAGAAUAGGCUAGCACUUCGACGACAGACCAUACUCCGGGAGAAGGGCAGAAGGCUGGCCAAUCGAGGCCCAGCGUACAUGUUUAAUGAUCGUUCCACAAGCCUUUCUCUUGAUGAGGAGCGUUUUUUGGAUGCAGCAGAAUAUGGGAAUAUUCCCGUGAUUCGUAAAAUGCUGGAAGAGUGUACUUCACUAAAUGUGAACUGUGUGGACUACAUGGGACAGAAUGCUUUGCAGCUCGCAGUCGGCAAUGAGCAUCUAGAGAUUACAGAACUUUUACUGAAGAAGGAGAACCUCUCCCGGGUUGGGGAUGCCUUGCUGUUGGCUAUUAGUAAAGGUUAUAUUCGGAUAGUGGAAGCCAUCCUAAAUCAUCCUGCAUUCGCUGAAGGCAAGAGACUUGCAUUAAGUCCCAGCCAAUCAGAAUUCCAGCAUGAUGACUUUUAUGCAUACGAUGAGGAUGGAACCCGGUUCUCCCAUGAUGUUACCCCAAUCAUUCUGGCUGCUCACUGCCAUGAAUAUGAAAUUGUCCACACCCUUCUGAGAAAAGGUGCUCGUAUUGAAAGGCCACAUGACUAUUUCUGCAAAUGCAGUGAGUGCAGUGAGAAGCAAAAACAUGACUCUUUCAGCCAUUCUAGGUCCAGAAUCAAUGCCUACAAAGGUCUGGCGAGCCCUGCGUACCUCUCCUUAUCCAGUGAAGACCCGGUAAUGACUGCCUUAGAACUUAGCAAUGAGCUGGCUGUACUUGCAAACAUUGAAAAAGAAUUCAAGAAUGAUUACAAAAAAUUGUCUAUGCAAUGCAAGGAUUUUGUAGUUGGACUUCUCGAUUUGUGCAGAAAUACUGAAGAAGUGGAAGCUAUUUUGAACGGAGAUGUGGAGAUGAGCCAUAGUAGUGGAGAACGUGGUCGUCCCAGUCUUAGCCGCUUAAAACUUGCCAUUAAGUAUGAAGUCAAAAAAUUUGUAGCACAUCCAAACUGCCAGCAACAACUUCUCUCAAUCUGGUAUGAGAAUCUCUCAGGUUUACGUCAGCAGACCAUGGCAGUGAAGUUUCUAGUUGUUCUUGCAGUUGCAGUAGGGCUGCCAUUCCUGUCAGUGGUUUAUUGGAUUGCUCCAUGCAGCAAGAUGAUUGGUUUUACUGGAUUACCCACACUCCUAAGAGCUCUGGAUGUUCCCACCUGCCUUGUGGUCGAGCAGAGGGAAUUGAUAACAUGUCACAGUAGCUUCAUGUGCUACUAUGCUGAUCUACUUAUAUUCUCUCUUCUCUCUUACGCAGGCAUGAUAUGGUCUGAAUGUAAAGAAAUUUGGUCUCAAGGGCCCAAGGAAUAUCUGUUUGAGUUAUGGAAUAUGCUUGAUUUUGGUAUGUUGGCCAUUUUUGCAGCAUCAUUCAUUGCAAGGUUUAUGGCAUUUUGGCACGCUUCCAGAGCCCAGGGCAUUGCUGAUGCAAAUCCAGAUGCACCAUUGGAUUCCAAGACACAAUACUACACAUUCGCCAGAAUAAACUGGGAUCCAUCUGAUCCACAAAUCAUAUCUGAAGGCCUGUAUGCAAUUGCUGUUGUUUUAAGUUUCUCCAGAAUAGCCUACAUUCUCCCAGCCAAUGAAAGCUUUGGACCUCUACAGAUAUCACUUGGCAGAACUGUGAAAGACAUCUUCAAGUUCAUGGUAAUAUUUAUCAUGGUGUUUGUGGCCUUCAUGAUAGGAAUGUUCAAUCUCUAUUCCUACUACCGUGGAGCCAAACAAAAUGAAGCAUUCACAACAGUUGAAGAAAGUUUUAAGACAUUGUUCUGGGCUAUAUUCGGACUUUCAGAAGUGAAAUCAGUUGUCAUCAAUUAUAGACACAAAUUUAUUGAGAAUAUUGGUUAUGUCCUUUAUGGAGUCUAUAAUGUUACUAUGGUCAUUGUUUUAUUGAACAUGCUAAUUGCAAUGAUCAACAGCUCUUUCCAGGAGAUUGAGGAUGAUGCUGAUGUGGAAUGGAAGUUUGCUAGGGCUAAACUCUGGUUUUCCUACUUUGAAGAAGGGAGAACUCUUCCUGUACCCUUCAACCUAGUGCCAACUCCAAAAUCUUUGCUUUAUCUCUUACUCAGAAUAAAAAAAUGGAUCUCUAAAGUGUUCCCAUGUCAUAAGAGAGGUUUUCAGGAAGAUGCAGAGAUGAAUAAGCUUGGACAAAGUAAGCAAUCAAGUAUAAGAAGUGCAGAUGAUCUCCAUUUAGAUAGUUUAAGUAAUCCUCCACGACAGUACCAGAAGAUAAUGAAGCGUCUCAUUAAAAGAUAUGUACUGAAAGCUCAGACAGACAAGGAGAGUGAUGAAGUCAAUGAAGGUGAACUGAAGGAAAUUAAACAGGAUAUCUCAAGUCUUCGUUAUGAACUUCUUGAGGAAAAAUCUCAGAACACAGAAGACCUGGCAGAACUCAUUAGAAAACUUGGGGAGAAACUUUUGAUUGAGUCCAGAGCUGAAGAAAGGAGGAGCUAACCUAAACAUUUAAAUAACGAACCAAAAAUUCAACAAUCCACUUCAAGCCAUAUUUAUCCUCCCUUAAUUUUUCAAACUAAGUUCACAUUUUUAGAACAGAUCAAGAAAUGAAAUUAUUCCAGUUCUUUAAUGAAAAACUGCAGUUGGCUAACCCCUUACAUCUGUGAUUGACAAAAAAUGUCAUUUGAGAAAAGAUAUUUAUUUAUUUUACCCCCUUCCAGAGAAAAAAUAAUCUUAGAUAACUCAAUGUGCAAUUUCCUUCUUUCCAAAUGUAUCAGCUAAGGCUUCAGUAGACCACGUAUUAAUGAUUAAACCUGUUGGCUCUGUAAAUCUAAAUUCCUCAUAUCUUAACCUCUUAUAUUUUCUAUAGCUUUUCUAUAUUCCUUUCCUAAAUAUACAUGAGUAUAAUUGAAUGAAAUGGAAGAGAAGAAGGCAUAUAAGGCCUGGUCCAAAACCACCCCAAUCAAAAUCCAUUUAUUUGUCAAAAGAAAAUGUUCCCAAAUGGGGGGGAAGCCUUUCUACUCAAUUUGCAAAUAAAAUUCAAAGCCAUGGAAGUAAGUUAUUUUGAACAUGUUUCCUUGUGGAUGUUUGUCAUGACAUCCUGUGAGCUGCCUCCUUACCACUCAUCCCACUAUGUUUUCAAGAAACUAAUCCUGAGCUAUCCUUCCAGGAAGCUGCAUUCCAGUGGGAGUUACUGCACUGAGAAAAGAACACCUUUCACAAAGUUUUAUUGAAAAGCUAUUGUUGAGAUCUGAAGCAAAGCCCCCAAUCCAAAUCUGCCUGAACCUUGGAGAAGUUCUGAUCCGUCUCCAGCUUCUGAGCUUCCCCAAUUUCUAUAAUGUCUUGAACCACACCAGCAGCUCUGAAUACUCCCAAAUUUUAGAGGAGUUUGCAUCUGGAUCAUUUUGUUGGUUGACAUUUCCAUCUAGGAAGGACCAAACCAAACUCUAGAUGCUAACCUCUCUGAGUUCUUGGAAGCUUUUGCAUCUGUAUAUGAACAUCUUCAAAGUUUAAAUAAUUUGUUUAAGUAACGGGGUUUUAUCUGGGCCCGUUUCUAGUAAAAAGAAAAUCAGUUUGACAGUAAUAGCUUUUGAAUAAACUUUGUGGAGCAUUUUUUUUUUUUUUGUAGAAAGUAUCCGAAUCUAAACAUCUCCAUCUCUUCCUUUUAUACAGGAGGUUUAAAAAAAAGUCAUUGCCCAGGAAAUUUGUUACAGAUUAUGGUUUUUAGUGUCUGUUUGAGUGAGCUGAAAGAUAAUUUUGUUGGUCAAAUCAUUAUUAUUUUGGAAGGGGGAUAAACUAUAAGUAUAUGGUGGAGGUGGGGGUUCUGUCUUUUCUGGAGUGUAAUCUAAGUUGUUAUUAAGGUCAGCAUUCCUAGAGUAUAUCCACUUUGAUCCAUAAAAGUUCUAUGAUUCUGUGAAACUUCUUAGCCUUACCAGCUCAGCUAAUAAUGGAGAGUGUGGGACAAACUAUGUACUGCAGGUCUCAGACUCAAUGAACUCAGGGUUUAGAAACUUUCAAGGGCCUCUCUCAGGGAGGAGAAGGAAAAAGAGUUUUUCAGAGGUGCCAGAACAGUGUCAUUAUAAUUAUGCAUGAAACCGCAAUGGCUAAGGGUGGGGAAAACUAUGGCACCCACAGUGGCCACCCUUAACCUUAAUCACUUGUCUUAGAUAAUUAAAAACCAUGAUCUCUUUAUCUGCUGUAUUCCCUAUUGUGAGGAUAGGGAUUACUGCAAACACUGAGAUGCCCUUAUCUCUUUAUCUCAGGCCAGCGAACCUAAAGGAGUUUUUGACUCCCAUUGGAAGUCAAUGGGAGUUAGACAAUUUGAUGCCCUUUCUAAGUCCCAGCUCAUAUAGUUAGGCCAAAAUUAGACUUUGAUUUUGUAUGUCCAACUCAAAAAACUUUGGGCCUGAUUUUCAGAGAUUUUAGUGCUUCCCACUCCAGUGGGAGCUCAAAGUGCUCAGCUCCUCUGAAAUCAGACCUAAUUUGUCCAGAGCAGGUCUCCCAAAAUUAGCAAACUCUUUUGAAAAUUUGGCUGCUAGAAUCUUUAGAUAACAAUUGCAACAGAAUUAUCCUUUCAAUAUUAGAAACUUCUUGAUGAUGUUCAUUCUGAUUUACAAUUUGGAUCCAUAACAUAUAAUGUUAAAUCAUGGUUAAACCUUGAAACUGCAUAAACCUAAUAUGAGGAAAAUAUUUAGUAAAUAGAUAACAAGGAAAAAAAAAAAAGGUACUAUUGAAGUGAAUAUUUUUAUUGCAGAGGUUAAAUGAAUGCUGUAAAUCUGUUUAAGCCCACAUUUUGACUUUCCUUAAAACUGAAGGACCGUAAUGUACAUACUGUAUUUCAUGAAGAUAUCCAUAUGGAUUUUUUUUAUUCAAUGAAGAUAUUUUUAUGUGGUUAUUACAAAUGGAAGAACUUGUUAAAUAUAUCGAAGCAGUCCAAUGCCAAAUGCAGUAUGGCAGACAAUGUAGUAAUUCAAAUAAGCACGAUACCAAAUACAUUAUGAGAUAAAUUAAAAUGUACCAGACUCAAAAUACCUGUGUGACACGUUGUCUGAACCUAUUGAUCACUUUGGCUACUUUUGCUUUACAGACAAUGAUAAUACAAAUAUGGCUGGAGGCUAUCAUUCACUAGCAAACAAUCACCCAUUGUUACCCCGAAAACAGAAUGUAAAUUUCUCCCAAAGUUUUUCCUCAAAAUAGCCUACCUGUUAUAACCUAUCUUUUCUGCUCAGGUAUGGGUCUCCAGGGUAGCUAAGGAAUAUCUUAGAGUACACUGAUGCAGCCUUCUGAUAAAUGAUUAACACAAGAAGUAUUCUUCCCAAAACAAAGCAUCCUUCAUUGGUGUAAACACAAAUCCCUAAGACACUACCACCCCUUAUUGGUGUUAUAAAUCACAAAUCCCCCAUAACAAGCUAGAGAUGAUCCAAAACACAGUUAUAGUUUGGAGUGGUACUAAGUGGCUGUGCCCGGCUUCAGUAUGAAGUUGAGUGCAUUGGAAAUAGUGUUGUGAUGUGGUAUGCCCUCUGCAGAGUUCUGACAAGCAAAUAUUAGCAAAAGUAAGCAAAGCAACUGUGAAUCAAGCCUAUGAGCAGAAUAUGUAAGGAGAGAAUGUAAGAAUCAGUGGCCAUCUCAUCCGUUUGUUCGCUUUGCCCAUGCGGUUUGUCUAUUUAGUCCAGGGAGAGGGAGAAGACCAAGAACAAGAGAAACCAGAAGGAGAACAUCUAAGAACUGUUAAACUUGGCUUUCAUUGACAAAACGGUGGAGGUGUACAUACUACAGUGCUCUUCCCACUGACAAAACUUGACUUCUUUGCCGACAAAAUAAAAUCACAUUGACGAGAGGCAUAGAGGUUUUUGCAGCAAAGUUAGAUUGACAAAGUGUCAGUGUAGAACUGCACUUGGUUAUGUCAUCAUAAAUGGCCUCCAAAAGGUGUCCCACAAUGCCCAUCCUGAUCGCUCUGGUCAGCAGUUCGAACUCCGCUGCCCUGCACCCACGUACACAAGCAUCUUCCCUGCCCCCUUUAAAGGACCAGGAAUUUUUGAAUUCCGCUUCCUGUUUACUCGGCGUGGAGAGCUCACAUCGCAUUUUCACAGUUGACCAUGGCAGCCUCACACGUCAAAUGUUCUCCUGCUUGGAGCACACCACGGUUGUUGGAUCUGCUGGGUCUGUGGGGAGAGAGGCGGUGUAGUCCCAGCACCACUCCAGGCAUAGGCACUUUGAUACCUAUGGUCAGAUUUCUUGUGGCAUGUUGGAUAAGGGCUAAGAGCGGGACAUGAAUCAGUGCCAUGUGAAGAUAAAGGAGCUGAGCAGGCAUACUAGAAGGCAAGGGAGUCAAACCAUUGCUCUGGGGCUGCACUGAAGACCUGCCACUUCUGUAAGGAGCUGGAUGCCAUCCUCGGUGGCGACCCCACCUUCACCACCAAAAACCCCAUGAAUACUUUGGGAGGGCUGGAAACAGUGGCCAGCAGACUUGACUCUGAGGAUGAGGUGAUGGAUGAGGAAGUGGAGUUGGAGGAUAAGAUGGGACAGGUAACAGGGUCAUCUGAAACUGUGGCAAGCCAGGACCUCUUCUCGACCUCAGAGGGGUCAAGCUAGUCUGAUCACUGUGUCUCUGGUGCACAUGAUGCAAGAGAGGGGAGCUCUAGUAAGUGCUCAUUUUGAUUUAAUGCUGCUCGGUUACAUGAGAUAGAGCUAUCCUUUGCUUUGCUAUAUGCUAGAAGUGAGUUGAGGGAUAGAAAUUUACAAGACUAGCUGUGUUUGCAUCUGCUUCACAUUUCCUCUGAUGCAGCUACACAGUGGGGACUCUGAGGAACAGUGUGUUAAUGCACACCGAGAUUUAACAGGAAUCCUCCAGAGAGAUUGCUUGGAAACUUUUCUGGAGGUACUCACCAAUCUUCUGCUGAAGGUUCUUUGGCACAGCUGCUUUGUUCUUCCCCCAUUGUGGGAAACUUUCCCCAUGCUAACUGGCAAUCACUUGUGCAGGGAAGAAACUGGCAUGUAGGAAAGCAGCAUAAGGACCAGGUCUGAAGAUGCAUGCAUGCAGGAGAUGCACCUUUGCAUCUUCGCUUACCCUCAG